CUCUGUGCAUGCUCAGAAACUCAGCUUCUGGAGGGGGGAGGGGCUGGGCCACUUCAAGAGGGAGGCAUCUGCCGGCACAGCCGACUCCAUCCAGUCCGCUGACUACGGCGCUCCGAAGCAAGGCAGGGACGCGAAAGGAGGAGCCAGCCAGCAGCCCCCGGCCUGGGUGGGAGGGGACGCGGCGUCGAGGCCUCCGCCCGGGGCUUGAAGAGCGGCAGGGCGGGACGUAGCCGAGACCCGGAGCCGGAGCCUGCUCUGCCUCCUGCCUCUGGGCGCCUCAGCCGGAGUCCGCAGCCGGCUCCUCCCUCCGCGCUUUGUUUCCCUUUCCUUGGAACUCCCGGGCUCUCCCCCGCGUUCUUCUCCUUUCACUUUCCCGGGUCCCCCUCGCUCGCUCUCGCUCUCUUUCCGCCUUCCCUGCAAAGACAGCCCUCCCCUCCUCACUUUCCUUAACUUUCUCCCUCCGUUGCGCCCCUUCCUUCCUCGCCUCCCACUGCGCGUCCUUCCUUUCUCUUAACUCCUUCCCUUUCCUGCCCUGAUUUGCCCUGCUGAGAUCCCCCACCGCCCCACACCCACCGCCCCACUGCGACCCCUUGCCUCUGCGGCCAGGCCAGCCUCUCCUUCCGCCAUGCCCCACGGCGCUCUGCAGACGGAGCUGUACCCCUUCGAGAGGGUGACGGUGCUGGUCUCGUGCGCCCUCUCCUUCCUCGGGUCUAGCCUCUUGGUGGGCACCCACGCGCUGUGGCCCGAGCUGCGGACGCGGCCCCGGCAGCUCCUGCUCUACCUCUCCUUGGCCGACCUCCUCUCGGCCGCCUCUUACUUCUACGGGGCCCUGAAGGACUUCAGCUCGUCCACGUGGGAAUGCGUGGCCCAGGGCGCCGUGUCCACCUUCUCCAACACCAGCUCCUUCUUCUGGACGAUGGCCAUUGCCUUGUACCUCUACAUCAGCAUCGUGCAGGGAUCGCCGACGGGGACCAGCCUCCUCUGCUUCUUCCACGUGGUGAGCUGGGGAGUGCCGCUCGUCAUCACCGUGUUGGCCGUGAUUCUGAAGAAGAUCGGUUACGACGCCUCCGAUGUCUCUGUGGGCUGGUGCUGGAUCGACAUUGAGGCGGAGGAUCGGAUCCUGUGGAUGCUCCUCGCAGGGAAGCUGUGGGAGAUCCUGGCCUACGUGACUCUUCCGGUCUUCUAUAUCCUCAUAAAGAAGCACAUCAACCGAGCGCAUGCUGCACUGUCAGAGUAUCGCCCUAUCCUCUCGAGGACUCCGGCUUUACAACUGAGGACUUCUGUAGCGGAUAAGAAGCUGAUCCUGAUCCCAGUCAUAUUCAUUUUUCUCCGAAUCUGGAGCACCAUCCGAUUCGUCUUGACACUAUGCAGCUCCCCUGCAGUUCAAAACCCGCUGCUGGUGGUACUUCACGGCAUUGGUAACACAUUCCAAGGUGGCGCCAACUGCAUUAUGUUCGUCCUUUGCACACGGGUCGUCCGGAACAAGCUUCUUUCCUCCCUGUGCUGCUGGAGAUCUAGUAGCCCAGAGCAUUCCCUGGCGAGCCCAGAGAGCCGCUCCCAGGGCCCUGAUUCGGCCACCAAGGACUGGGGGGAUGCGCAAGAAGGCGACCGAGCGAGAGCGGAAUUCUCCUGAGCCUCAAAGGAACGCCCCUGUUUCAAUGGAAGACGGGGCCUUGCCCGGUCAGGAUUUUAUCUGUAACAGAAAUGCCUCCAAGUGCCUACAGAGGGAGCUACUUGCCUGAGAAAAAAGUAGCCAAAGUUUUCACGGGUCUGCGGUGAGGGGGCUCUUAUGAUGAACGUGCCCCUUUCUGGAAUCCAGUUCCUCAGCUGACUUUUCACUUCUCUCCCUCUCUUUUUUUUAUCGUGAGGGUGUUGCAAAGAUACUUCCCAGCUUCCACUUUUAAUUCUCCUCCUCUAAGGCUUGUUUUAGUGCUGUAGUUUUCUUUUAAGAGACUUGGGGAAUUCUCAAAGCUUUAGCAAGGGCUUCUUUUCAGGAUCAGGCAGGGAGGAAGGCGAGGGAGAAAGCCCUAUAAGGGAUUUGACUCUUGCGAAUUCACCCCAAAGAGAGGAAGUGCUCCAGAUUUUAGGUUUUGCAUGAUUGGUUGACUUACAGUGGCUGGUGUGUCCCAAGCACCCUCCAGGUGUUUUCGACUGACUACAACUCUCAUCAGCCCAAACCAGCAUGCCAGAACAUUGGGUCUCCACGUGGAGAGGUGGGUUUUUCUUUCAGAGUGUGCUCGCUUCAGAAAUUUCCUACAGGACGAAAGAAGAGAGGAAGAGUCUGCGAUUCGCUGUGGAGCUUUCCUGUGCAAAUAGAUAUAACCCAUGAGACUCCCUGGACUUGUAUCUUUCCAGAGGACUGUGGACUGAACACUGUUUAAAAAGAUCAUGUUUCCUGUUGGAAUUGUCAUAAUUAUGCACUGGAGUUUUGUGUGUGGUUUUUUUAAUUAUUAUUAUUUUUUAUAAAACAAGUAGACAAAGACUAACUUUGAGCUGCUACCUUAAGUUUUCUGGUUUUUCUUUCUUUUUUAAAGAAAUGAAUAAAUAAAGUAGAUUCCAUUUUGGUGAACAACCUUUAA